AUGGAUGAAAACACAAGUCUCAAAAUCUCGCCCAGAAAUCAUGGUGGAGUGUCCGAACAUGGGACCUUCACUGACACAGACGCAGCGAAAUCAACGUCCACUGUACCAGAAACCAACAUCCUCGAUGAUGAAUCCAGUACCGCCGAUACCGAGAAUGCCACGGACCCACUCGGGCGAAAGGCCCUACUUAUCGACUAUGAACUCGAACGCCAGGGCAUGGGUCGCUAUCAAACCAACAUCUUCCUGCUCUGCGGGUUCGGAUACCUUCUGGAUCUCCUCUGGGCUCAGGCAUUCGGCUUGAUCAUCACGCCUAUGCAGAACGAGUUCGGCUUCGAUGACACAGCCCUCGGUCACAUAUUUACGUCUUUUUCGCUUGGUCUGACGUUCGGCGCUUUGGUCUGGGGCCUCCUCGUUGAUAUCCUUGGGCGGAGCGUGGCGUUCAAUUCGACAGUCCUGAUCACAGCUGUGUUCGGUACAUGGCUGGGUGCCAUGAGCAGUUAUAAUGGUGUUCUUGUCCUCGUUGCCCUGACAGGGAUUGGUGUAGGGGGCAACAUACCCAUUGACACUACGAUUUGCUUGGAAUGUUUGCCACAGAGUCGGAGGUGGCUGUUGCCGGCUUUGAGUGCCUUUCAACCCCUCGGCGUAGUGGUCUGUUCUGGGAUGGCAUACAUAUUGGUGCCAACAUACAGCUGUCAGGAUGGUCUCCAAAGCUGUACUGCGGGCAGCACCAAGUGUUGUCUGAGGAAAGACAACCUGGGUUGGCGGUAUCUUCUGUUCCUGAUCGGAAUCAUUACAAUCGCGGCUUUUGUGCUCAGGACCGUAAUGUUCAAGUUUGAAGAGAGUCCAAAGUACUUGGUGUACCGUGGCCGAGAUCACGAUGCUGUAAGAGUGUUGGAGUACAUGGCAAAAUACAACGGCCAAGAAUGUGGCUUGACGCUAGGUAUGCUGGAAGCUCUAGAUGGUGAGGCAAGCAUCAACAAUUUGGACACACCAUCGUCCGUAACUGGUGUUGAUAAAAAGAAGCCAACCAUGUUACAGAAGAUACCGGCGGAACUUGAACGAUUCAAGGUUCUGUUCUCGACCUUCACCAUGGCAAGGCUUGUUGUGCUUGUCUGGGUGAUUUAUGCCUUCGAUUACUGGGGGUUCACUAUUGCCGGCGCAUUUCUACCCACCAUUCUGGCGCGCAAGGGGAGAAGUCUGGGUCUCAGCGUGGAUGAGACAUAUCGAUCGUAUAUGUUUAUUUACAUUUGCGGUAUUCCGGGAGUCCUGGCUGGAACCCUGAUAUACGGGCACCGACGACUUGCUUUGCUCGUAUCCUCGUUGUUGUUCGGCACGUGUUUAUUCAUCUUCACCCUUGUCAGGGACGAAGCAUCAUACAUCGGAAUCAGCGGCUUGGAAUAUUUCUUCCAGAGUAUGUUCAAUGCCGUCUUGUAUGCCUGGACCCCAGAAGCCUUCCCAGCUUCUGUAAGGGGAUCGGGGUGUGGACUGGCUAGCUUCUGGGGACGCACUUUCUCCAUCAUUGCGCCUAUUGCUGGAUCGCAUGUGCUAGCCAAAAGUCUAGACGGGGUGUUGUACUUGGCUGCUGGGAGCGUCUGGGUCUGUACAGUUGCGAUCACGUUGUUGCCCAGGAUGUCCAUGGGCAGAAACAACCUGUAA